UCCAACGUUCUCCUUGUCUAUUUGCAGCAACAGCGACACAGCAGAGCAAUUGAAACACAUCCAGGCGUCUAAGGGAGGUUCGACAAUCGCAUACAGCUAUAUCGAAGAUGGGCGUGGCACGCCUUUCCCUAAUGCUGCUGGUGGCAGCGAUGCUCCAGCUGAGCCAUGUGGCCGCCUACUCCAAGUAUGGACGCGGCUGUGCCGACAUUGGGUGUCUGCCCACUGAGGAGUGCGUCAUCACUAGCGACUCGUGCAGCUACAAUCAGCGCGAUGGCAAGGACUGCGGCAGCUAUCCGACCUGCAAGCGCAAGAGCGGCUCCAGUACCAACCAGGCCAACCCCUCCUCCUCGUCGUCGUCGGUUAAUCCGUCAGUGAGCAGCGGCAACACGCACAACUCGUACGCGCCGAACGGACCCAGCGCCCCGCUGCCGGAGGCAGAUGGCAGUCAGGGUGGCGCCGGUGGCGCAGCUGGUGGAUACGGUGGCGGCGGCGCAGGUGGAUAUGGUAAUGGCUUCUCGGCUGGCGGACAUGGUCUCUAUCCCACGCUCCCCAACAACAACAACAAUGGUGGCGGUGCUGCUGGCUACAAUCCGUAUGGCGGCUACAAUCCACAAGGCGGAUACAAUCCACAAGGCGGCUACAAUCCGCAGGGUGGCUACCACCCGCAGGGCGGUUACCAGCCCGCUCCUGGCGGUGGCUAUCAGCCGGUGCCCGGCUACACUCCGCCCGCGCCUGGCUAUGACAAUGGUGGUGGUGGCGCCGCCCAGAAGCCCAAGGACAAGCAGGGCGGCGGCUUCUUCUCCAGCUUCUUCUCGAAUCCGGCGGUGAGUCAAGCGGUUUCCGGUAUCAUUGCAGGCCAAAUAGCCAAGCAGCUGCAGGGCGGUGGGGCCAACGGCGGCGCCAACGCAGGCGGGACCAACGGUUACCAGCCCAGCGGUGGCUACUCAAGCGGCGGCGGUGGCGGCGCAUCCGGCGGCUCGUCCGGUGGCAGUAAUCUACUUGGCGGCCUCCUUGGCUCUGUGCUUUCUGGCGGCGGUGCCAGCGGCAAUGCCGGCGGCGGCGGCGGUGCCAGCAGCUUCCUCGGCAGCCUCCUAAGCGGCGGUGGCACUGGAGGCGCCACCCAUGGUGGUGGUGGCAGCGGCCUCAGCGAGAUUUUCAACUCCAAGAACUUUGGGGGCCUCUUCAGCGAAAACCCAUCCUCGCGCAGUGGCUCCGGCGGCGCUAGCAGCAACGGCGCCAAGGACUACCCCACUCAGCCGCCCAAUAGCUACUACGGCUAAGGAUCUGCGGACGACGGAGCAUGUGGACACCAGCAAAUAUAUAUAUCCACGGCUGGCUUGGCCCUACUUUCUAAUAAUUUUUUACCACUCUAUACCUAAUCAUAUAUACUAUAUAUAUGUAUAAUCAAAUGGAGGAUUUUCAAUGAACUAAGAAAAGAACAAUACUAACAAACAGAAUCUAAUACAAAUACAAAUGCAUAAGCAACAUGGAAAUGCAAAUAUAAAUAGAAACACAACU